AGCCGUCUGGGCCCCAAGACACGCCGCGCGGGGCCAGCGGGCCGCGUGGGGGUCCCGCGGCGCCUCGGGCCACCUCGCCUCCAUGGCGCUCGGGCCGUUUGUCAGAGUCAUCGCGCAGGUCGCCAUGGUUGCCGGCGGCGCCGUUGGCAAGGCCGUCCUCGAGGCCUACCGGGAGGCGGCGGCCGGCCGGGGCGCGGCGGCGCAGGCCGCCGCGAAGAUGGCGUCGCGGCGCCGCAUGCGGCCGGACGAGGCCAGGAAGGUCCUUGACCUGGAAAGCGCUGGGGCCCUGACCGAGGCCCAGGUCCAGGAGAGAUUCGACGUGCUCCAUAAGCUGAACACCCCCACCGAGGAGUUCGCUGGGUCGCCCUACCUGCAGUCGCGCAUCCAGGCGGCGCAUUCGGUUCUGCUCGACGAGGUGGCCAGGAGUCCUCCCAAGGCAGACGACAGCAAGGUGGAGUGAUCCCCGAGCGGGCGGGCCCACCCCGGACCCCGCGCCUCCUUUCCAGCAGCGUCCUCUCGCGCGCUGUCGUCAGGGAAGGGAGGCCGGCCUCCCUGCUCGCUCCCGCUCGGGAGCCUGCGCCCGGGCGGCCCCGGUCCACAGCCCUUCUCCUCCACGGCCGCUCCUCCGUCCUCCUCCCGCCUCCCUCCUCCGAGGCGCAAGUCGUGGCGUGAGCAUAAAAACGUUCGAAUGGCCGCGCGCUUUUCGUGGACCUGCGCCGGGCCAGACACCUCCUGACGGCGCCUCCCGCGCUGCCCCCUGGCGCUGCUCCGCUCGCCGCGUAGGGGGGGAGUCCGGCGCCAGUUCAAGCCGUCCGCGCGGCCCCGCAGCAGUUCCGCGAACGUUUCAUGUUCGCAUUGCCAGUAUGAUUGUCCGCCUCGCCCCCAAACAGCUUUCACUUGGUGGGCGUUGUCGUUAUUCAUUGCUUUGCCGAUCGGCGCGGCCCUCGCAC